AUGAGCAAGAGGAAAGCUUCGGUGGACAGAAAUGUCAAUCAAAAGGCGCCAGCGAGGCGUCCAAGCGCGUCCAGCCUGCGCGCGAGGAUGCAGCAGAUGCAACCGAAAGCCGAGAAAUCGCCCUCCACGCAAAAUCUUCCGUGCGUGGGGCAAACGGCCGCGGUGACCAAUACCACCGACACGUGUCUCCCAAAGACCAGGUUCACCUCUCAGGACAGGUGCAGGGACCUGCGAUCCUGUUCCUCGCCGAGACUGAAAUACUUCCCGGCCGAGAAAAUCAAAAAGUUGGAAACCCCCUCGCCAUUCUUUCCCGAUCCGAUCGGCGCUGUUAUCGUGCAGCAAAAUCCUCGAGAAGCUGGCAACCUGUACGUGACAAGAGCCUCUGAUCAGAGUCAGAACAAUGGGCAAGGUGACGCGGCGGCCAUCGCGCAACCGUUGCAGCAACAUCGUCAGCAUCAAAGCAUGCAUACCGUGAGCCAGCAACAAGUUGUUCCUCAACGGGCGAUCCAUCAGAUCGGAGAGACGAGCCCAAACUCCGCGUGCACGCUCCCCCAACAAGUCAUUAACGGUCAGGUGCAUCGUCCGUUCGUGCCGCACGGAUCCUACGAAUAUCCUCCGCAAAACAAUACCUACGAUCCUCAUUUGCCCUUUCGCGGACCCACUCAAACUGCAACAGCAUCCCAACCGUUCGUGCAACAGUCUGCGAGUAACGUGGGACCUGUGUCGGAUCAGGAGAGAACCAAACCCGAGGAGAACAGUACCGAGUGUCCUGACUACGACAAACAACCGGUUGGCGGUCGAAACGCAACGUUGUACAGGCAACUGGUGACGAACAAUCGUCCAGGACACCAGCAGUCGCAGGCAUCCGUGGUCUCUAACGCGGCAAACCCGUCGAACAGCAAUCACCAACCUCAACCGAGUGUCCAGAACCAUACCUACGUGUCUCCGUUCGCGAAUGCCCCGAAUCCUCAGCAGGUCUAUCAACAGAUGCAACAGACCAUGGCCCAACAGCAACAAAUGCAGCAACGAGCGAUGCAGUAUCAGAUGCGAAUGAUGAACAACCAACAAGCUAUACAAGCAAUCCCAGGAACACCUAACUAUUACAAAAAUCAUCAGUAUAGCGCGCAGAGGAUGACGUCGCCUCAAGACGCGACGACGAACCAGUUGAAAACGUCGAGAACGAUGGGUCAGGUUCAACAGAACUAUCCAGUGCAUCAGAGGGACUUGGACUACGCGAUGAAUCCUCAGAACGGAUGGGCAAGGAACAAUCAAGUGGCCGAGUAUUCGAGCGUGAAGGCUCAGUUGAAGCCUUUCAGUGUGGACGUGAUCGACGGCAAUCAACCGUACUUCGGGGCACAGAAUCAACAGCAGCAAUUAGCGCCACGGUACCAAUCUGCUCCUCAACAUCAGCAAUUGUACAGAAAUCCUGCACAAGGGAACGCGACCAUUCAGAGUCAGCAGAACUCGAUGGCCUACAGUCAGCCUGGAUUUAAUCAACAAGCUCUGCAACCUAAUCCUCAACCAGUUGCGGAGAAUCCAGUUGCUCAAAAUGUCAAGCCGAAACUGCCGUUCACCGCUGGCAUGAUACGCGACCAGGAGAAACUGGUGGCCACGAUGAAACAGCAAAGAAUACCCGUGGACGUGAUGAGAAGACAGUUCGAGACGUUGUUGAGCGAGCAACGGAAACAGCUGGAGUACAUACAGGAGAUUCGACGACAGGACGAGGCAGGGGAGGUCAAGAGACCAGUGGCCACCGCUCGCAGAAGGACACCGAUAGACGAAAAACCAGAGUGGAUGAUUCAUCUGACGCCGCCGCGUCUGUCUUACAUGGAGCUGGAGAAGAUGCACGAGGAACAAAAGCAGAAGGAACGUCAGCAAUUGGAAGAAACGCAACAGCAGCCGAACGAAACGUCCAAUAUGCAGGUUCCUGUGCAACUCGUGAAUCAACAACAGAAUCAGUUCUACCAGCAUAUAAAUUCACAGCCUUACAACAAUAUGUACGAUCAACCUAAUACGGCUCCAAGGAACACUGGAAAACCGAAUCCCAACUCGCCUACGAUGAACUAUCAGUAUUACCCCUAUCAGCAAAAUGUUCCGAACUAUCAAUACGUACAGUAUCCUCAUCAACAACAACAACAAUCCCAGUUCCAGCAGUAUCAACAGAUAUACCAAAAUAACCCGCAACAAAAUCAAACUCAAGUUCAUUCAGCAAACGAUCCUUCGAUGCAUCAAGAGAAUAAACCAACAACAGAGCCGUCCAGUCUCCUGAAAAUGCGUUUGUACAAGGAACAGAUUCGCCCGCAGAAACGCAACAACGGAUUGCAAGAUCCGCAAGUACUGCGAAAGCAGCUGGAGAACAUUCAUACGUCGGCGGAUGUCAAGAAAGAGCUGGACUAUUUGAGCAACUUGGUCUCGAGGAAGCCUCCGGUCAGACUGAACGGAAUACAAGAUCGUACUGAGAUAGAGGAGGAGCUACGAGAACGACUCAUAAUGUCUAGCUACGAACCGUCGCCGAGGAAAGCAUCCGCCAAUGGUCUGGAGAACACCAGGAACCCGAACAACCCUGCUACGCAGCGUUUCUCGAACGCGAACAAAGUGGAGCAUGAUUUCAUGAGGGAGUAUCCCAGACAGAAAUUGUCCAAUCCGCGGAAUUGUUACAGCGUCCAGGCGGAACGGGAAAAUGGAACGGUAGCCGUGGACCAACAGACUUCUGCCGUUCAACAGCAACUGCCAGGACACAACGUGGCGAACGUGAUUCCGUACAACGAGAAGAAUCCAAUGGCGUCCCGGGGCAACGUGAUGCCGUUCAGGUUCGAGAGUACUCAUCCUCUGCACUAUCAGCAGAUGCAGCAAUACUAUCAAAACACGAGGAAUCUUGCCAGAAACAACGGCGAAGGUGACAUAGGAUCGGCUCAGAGAUCCGACGUUAAAAGCAAGGGAAGCUUCGAUCGAGCUGGCGGCGACGCCUAUGUAAAUUUGAACGGUCAGAUGGACGGGCAAAUGGCCGAGGGUAAAAUGUCAUUCCAGGGUAUGCAUUACAGCCAACCUGACAUCCACGAAGCCAGAACCAUCGGGGGUGUGAGGUACUUGGCCAGAAAACAGGACUACAUACCGAACACGCAAUUCGUGUCGCCGGAAACUCUAAUCACGAGCAGACAUUUGCAAGCCCCGACGAUGUACUGA